AAACCAAAAUGAAAACCUCACUUUUGUCACUCUUUUAUAGCUCUAAGAAAAAUCCUCUUCUGAUACUCUCUCUCUCUCUCUCCCUCUCUCUCCCUCUCUAGUAAUCACCAGAGAAGAAGAAGAAUAAGAGAUCAAAUCUCUAGGCAAAAAAAGAAAGGGGAAUAAUGGGUACGUUGGGAAAAGCGAUCUACACGGUUGGAUUUUGGAUUCGCGAAACUGGUCAAGCAAUGGAUCGGCUUGGUUCUCGACUUCAAGGAAACUAUUACUUCCAUGAGCAAUUAUCAAGGCAUAGGACAUUGAUGAAUAUAUUUGACAAAGCUCCUAGUGUUUCUAAGGAUGCAUUUGUGGCUCCUAGUGCAUCUAUUAUCGGAGAUGUACAAAUUGGAAGAGCAUCAUCAAUUUGGUAUGGAUGUGUUUUGAGAGGUGAUGUUAACCAUAUCAGUGUUGGAUCCGGAACGAAUAUCCAGGACAACUCUCUUAUUCAUGUAGCAAAAACAAAUCUCAAAGGGAAGGUAUUACCGACCGUUAUCGGAGACAACGUUACCGUAGGUCAUAGUGCUGUUUUACAUGGUUGCACUGUUGAAGAUGAGUCAUUUGUCGGUAUGGGUGCUACCUUGCUUGAUGGUGUGGUUGUUGAGAAGCAUGGCAUGGUUGCUGCUGGAGCUCUUGUUAGGCAGGACAUGAGGAUUCCAAGUGGGGAGGUUUGGGGAGGAAAUCCAGCGAAGUUCCUAAGGAAGCUUACAGAAGAAGAGAUAGCGUUCAUUUCUAAGUCGGCCACCAACUACUCCAACUUAGCACAAGUUCAUGCGGCUGAGAAUGCCAAGGGUUUUGAGGAGAUCGAGUUUGAGAAGGCUUUACGCAAGAAGCAUGCUCACAAAGAUGAGGAGUACGAUUCUAUGUUGGGUGUUGUUCGUGAAGUGCCCCCAGAACUAAUCCUUCCUGAUAACAUCCUACCAGGAGACAAAACACCCAAAGUCGCUGCUUAAAAGAAAGCUUUUCACAAGGUAGAGAAUCCUCCGAAAAUCAUUGAGGUUGGUUGUGAAGGAUUUUUGUUGUUACGUGAGGAUUUCUGGUGAUUGGAAUCUCUUUUUUUUUUUCUAAUAAUUUUGGGACCUGGAAGCCUUUCAAGAUUUAUCAUGGCGUGUCUGGUGUCCCAGGCAUCCUUUUCUUUGUUUAUUAUCCGAAUUGCCAUUUUUGUUUCUACACAAACUGGUGCCACAAUUUUAAUGCAUGUUUAUUUUCUUUUCCUUGA